AAUAAAUAUUUAAUCAGCUAUUUAUUCUUUCGACUUAGAAAUUAUAUACCUCUCAUUAUUAAAAUGAUUAAAAACUUCCUUAUUAUUCCUUAUAGUUAUAUAACCUGAUGUCGCUUUUAAUUGAUCUAAAUUCAGCGUAUCUCGUUAAUGAAACCAAUAAAAUGCAAGUACAGUUAAUGAACCGAGACAAAUGUUGCUCAAAGUAAUAUAUUAUAUAUUAUUAUAUAUUUAAUGAGAAGGAGAAACUCUGCAGAAUAAAUCAAGCCUUUUAAUUAAAAGUAAAUAGGUAUAUAUUGUUUGAACUUUUAAGUAAUAAGCUUAACGUAAAUUGGGUUGCCGAGGUAACAUCGGGGUCAAUGGCCGUCGUUAAAGGGCUAGUAGCAAAAUCGAUUCAUCGGCGAUCGGUCGGUAUCAUAAACUUCGCCAGGAUUCCCAUGGGAAAUUCCUAUAGGUGGUUGGAGAGCAGAAACAGCAUGAGAAUCGGCCACCCUUCUCUCUUUUAUCGUUCUCGUAUUUUUCCGGCAGUAACACGUUCCUGCUCUGUUCGUCUCCCAUCUUGCGGUUUGCAGCAUCCAAAGUAGGCUACGUAGAAACUUUAUCGUCGCGCGAAGAAGAGGGAAGUAUACGAAAGUACUAACAUCGUGGGAUGAUAUUUCAUAGUCCGCAGAAAUCGCAGUUCCUCGCGGUACGCAAUGUUUUAUUGAAAAUUGCAGAAUCUGUACGUAGUAAUGCGCUUUGAUAAAGGAUUAAUAAACGCGCUAUCCAUUACUGCACAAAGUAAUAAUGAAAAGCAGCAAUUGAUCCGUUAAUAUUGCAAACAUCUCUAUUAGCUUGUUUGUAUAUUAAUGACUGUUAAUUGACACCUCGUUAUCGUGGCGAAUUGGGAUAAAUCUAUAUUAAUGUUUUAUUUCCACGACGUCCGUAACCGAUUCCUAAGUUGGCAUUUAUGUUUUAUCUUCUGUAGACGGCGCGCCGCCGCGCAAAAAAUGGCAUAAUUUCAUUGGGCGGUUCUCUUCGAACCUCGUCUUAAUUGUUUUAUAUCUUAUGGAUUUCUGCACAAAUAACAAAUAGGAAAAACCUGGCCGACGUCAAAUCUUUCGCUUUGUGUCUCGUGCCAUAUGGCGAGCUGCAGAAUAUUCAUGUUACGAUGCAAUUUGCAUGUAUGCGAUAUCCGUGGUACAAUUUAAAUGAAACGUACUUUUCGCGAAAGUGCGCACUAUGAAUACAAAGCACUUUGCGAAAAUUGGCACAACGCUUCAGAAUGUACAUCUUCGUCAGGACAAUUCUGAAGAUGAAAAUCUACCCACCGUUACGAAACUCCGCUGCGAGUUAUUCCAAGCUACGGAGAUUUAUGUCGCGUUAUGGAACAAAAAUAUUUUACACCGGAUUGUGCAAGAUGAGAAAUACAUCACGUUCUGAACUUUUAAAGACAUUAAUUACUUUGUAACUAAUUUCUAAAAUAUUAAUUACAUCGUGUCAAUCUCUGUCUGUCAGUAAAUAAUUACACAUUGCAAAUAUUUAGUUGUCAAAACGAAAAGAGAGAACAAAUUUGCUUUAUAAAUUAUAAAAAAUGAUAUUAGCAAAGACUUCUUGUGUUACUUUUUAUAAAUGUAAUUCAAUGUCAGAUAAUUCAAUUUUUGUUAAUGAUGUUUUCAUCGUCGGUAAUAAAAGAUAAUUAAUACUUGUAGAAUGUAAUGAAUAUUUUAGAAAUAGCACUAACUACCUUUGAGUUCCGGUUCACAAGAAUUGAGUAAUUUAUAUUCCGUCAAAUCGUGAAUGAUUAAAAUGGAUAAAAUUCUGGAUUUGUCACGAGUCAGCAAAAUAUGCAGAAAAGUAUAAAAGGUAGUUUUCAACAGAUACACGUUUCCAAAGAAGCGGGUAGGACCUCGAAGUUAUGUAAAUUAAACACCGUCGCGGAGCAGCAAAUUGCUAAAUAUAUGUAAAACAACGUCGACUUCUAAAGUUUCCAAUUUUAUCAAAAAUUUCAGUAUUGUAUGAAAUAUACUGUUUAAUCGCACUUUCAAUAAACAUUACUUUUUUUAUUAGAACAGUUUUAAGAACAGUUGCGCCAAGAAAAAUCGAAAAAGUUAAUAAAAAAUAAAAAUAGCUAAUAAAGAAAAGCUUGUGUUAUAUCUUGAACUUUUUAAAACCGGAAUGACGAGUAUUGAAGUAUGUUCAGUAGUUUGCAAUUAGGGCAACGUUGCUUCAUGACAUAAAAUAUCUCGAAAGAGAAAAAAACGAAAAAUCUUUGAUAUUGAGUAUACAGUUAUAUAAUGUCUAUCCACAAAAAAUUUCAUUAAAGUUCCUUCCGCUGUGGAUUUAUCGGUUACAUUAUCGCAUCGAUCGAUGAUCUUGUCUAUUUGCCGGCCGUGAUGUUGCACGCCAGCUGGUAAAAGUUGGCCCUUUGCAAAAAGAACGAGGAAAACAAAACGGGUAACGUUACACUGACACAUUCGUGUAGACAAUUACGCGCGUAACAGCUGUAAUAAUGCGGAAUCGGACUCGUUUCGGGAUCAGGUCUGCGAUGACUUUUGCUGUUACGUCAGAGAUCGGAGGUUCAGAUGGACCAACCGGCCGGCUGCAGAAAAAUAAUCGGGAGGUGCGCGGAACGCGAAGCGGGGCGUGUUCUUCAUCGUCUCAGUGAAAGUAUCGCACACACAUUGCGAACUGGACAUUCCCUAUAAAAACACCCGAUCGGCCAGGCUGAUGGCACACUCCGAUCCGAAACUACCACGAGACACAAUGAGGAGCUUCGCGAUAAUAUUAUUGGCGACCGCCGUAUUGGCAGCCCCGAAAGAAAAUCCGAAGAAACACGACAAACGAGGCUUGGCGGGUAUCUCGGAUUAUGGCGGUCUUUCGGGUUAUGGUCUUUCAGGCGGAUUAGGAUACUCCAACACACUUGGCACGAAAGUAUACGGAUCGGGAAUCGCGCUUGGUAACAGCCUGUCCUCCGCCUACUCUUCUGGACUUGGAUACGGUGGUUACUCUGGAAAUGCCUUAGUAGACUCCGGCGCUGUUGGAUACGCCGCUCCUACGAUCUCUAAGGCUGCAGCGUUUGCAGUUGGUGGCAACACUGGCCAACUAGCCCACGGCUACGGUUUGCCGGUUCCAUCAAUCCCAUCGAUUCCGUCGGUUCCAUCAAUCCCGUCGAUUCCAUCAAUCCCGUCGAUUCCGUCAAUUCCAUCAAUCCCAUCAAUUCCAUCGAUUCCGUCGUCGCACGCCAAGAUCGAACGCAUCACCGGUGUCACCGUUCAUCGCGAGGUCCAAGUGCCAGUUCCAGUGCCCCAACCCGUCCCUGUCGAAGUGACCAAGCACGUACCUGUUCCGCAUCCCGUACCCGUCAAGGUAGACCGCCCCUACCCAGUCCCAGUACCACAACCGGUCCCGGUUCCGGUCACUCGUCACGUGCCCGUAAGAGUCGACCGCCCCUAUCCGGUCCCGGUCCCGCACCCCGUUGAGGUCCGUGUGCCACAACCCGUCCCGGUCCCGGUACCCCAACCAGUGGCCGUCCCCGUGUCCGUCACCAGGCACGUGCCAAUCUCCGUGCCAUCCGUCGCCAUCGCUCCAUCUGUCGGCAUCUCGUCCGGCAUUACGUCUGGGAUCUCUGCUGGACACGAAUACGUCGAUCUGGGAUCCAGCAGUCUGGCAUCUGGAAUCUCGGCAGCGCCUUUGAGCACUGGAUUUAACACUGGAUUGGACAGUGGCGCUAUUUCUAGCGGCAUCAUCAGCAGUGGCAUCUCCGACAUCGGCAUCAACGGUGGCGUGGAGCACAUCGGUAUUGGAUCGACUUUGGGAUCUUCUGUGCUGGCGUCACAGGGCACUCUCAAUGGUGGAUACACGUACUCAACACCGUUGAAGAAGUGGUAAAUGCACCGAGCAGUUUGAAUGGACUUCCGUUUUUCUACGUGCUACCGAAAUGUAGUUUACGGAUUGAACGUACAAAAUGCCAGUUUUAUGUACGUUGCCAAAUAAAUUUAUAUUUUUCUAUCGUACAUCUCGACAGAGUCGUUAUUUAAUAUUUACGUAAUAUUAAUAAUUGCGAUUGUGCGAGUAUGCGGCGAUUUUUCGAGAAAUUUGCAAAUCUCAAAUAUUCUCUAGUAUUUUAGAUCUCCAUGUUAAAAAUGAUACAGAUUUAUUUUUAAUAUCCCUUCACUAAUGUGUAUUAUACCUUCUUUUAAAUCUUAACAAUAUUUCAUCGGUAUAUAUAUUUUCUAGUCUUAUAAAUUAGACAUGUCCCUUAUGUAUAUUUUAUCGCAAAGAAUAAAAAUAGAAUAAAAAAAAA